AGUGAAAGAUAAUUAAAAGCUUGAGAGUUUAAAGGGUUGGUGGGCAAAGGGCAAUGUGUAGUAGAGCUCAAAGAAACACAACCAGUGCUGUCAACUUUGUAAUUGAUCAUCACCAUAUGAACUUGGCAAAGUUUAACAUUUUUGCACAAAAAAUAUUCAGACAUCUAUGUGAUUGUGAGCUUCAUAAUUCAAGUAUAGUGGAUGGGAAUAUUUAGACUGGCUGGCAGGAUGGUAAAUGGUAGUGAUACUGCCAGGCUGAUCACUUAGGAAUUGGCUUAUUGAUAGCUGAGGCUUGUUCUUGGUACUGUGUUAGCUGAGCACUAUAUCACUGAACAAUAAUAAGCAUUAAGCAUUAUAAGAGGGAUUACAUUGACUGAAUUUUUUCUUUAGCAUCAGCGGUCCAGUGUUCCAGAUGAUUUUGAGUAGGUAUCUUUGCAUUCGUUAUUAUAUUUAUGGAUGAAAUACCUGAUAUUUUUCCUUCUUCUCCUCUGCUGCUCUUUAGGUUUUAAUGCUGCUGUUGCCGGUUGCUUCUUUGCUAUUGAAACUGUCUUGAGACCUCUUCGUGCUGAAAACUCACCUCCAUUUACGACUGCAAUGAUAAUUUUGGCCUCAGUUGUAUCAUCUACUGUUUCUAAUGCUGUACUUGGGGUGGAAUCAGCAUUCACUGUGCCAGCCUAUGAUCUGAAAUCUGCUGCUGAGCUGCCUCUUUACCUGAUAUUGGGCAUGCUAUGUGGUGUUGUCAGUGUAGCCUUAACUCGCUUGGUUUCAUGGUUCAGCGAGGCAUUUGAAUUUAUCAAGGAAAAAUUUCAGCUUCCUGUUGUUGUAUGUCCUGCUUUAGGAGGUUUAGGUGCUGGCAUUAUAGCUCUAAAAUAUCCUGGAAUAUUAUAUUGGGGUUUUACAAAUGUUAAUGAAAUACUCCAUACUGGGAAGAGUGCUUCUGCUCCUGGAAUCUGGUUGUUAACUCAACUAGCAGCAGCCAAAGUGGUGGCUACAGCUUUGUGUAAGGGAUCUGGACUUGUAGGUGGCCUUUAUGCUCCAAGUUUAAUGAUUGGUGCUGCUGUAGGCGCUGUAUUUGGAGGCUCAGCUGCCAAAGUUAUCAAUUCAGCUAUUCCAGGAAACGCUGCUGUUGCAGAGCCACAAGCAUAUGCACUGGUUGGAAUGGCUGCUACAUUAGCUUCAGUUUGUUCUGUGCCACUGACUUCUGUUCUUCUUCUGUUUGAGUUGACAAAAGAUUACAGGAUUUUGCUUCCUCUAAUGGGAGCUGUUGGAUUAGCAAUAUGGGUUCCUUCUGUCACAAACCAGAAUAAGGAGACUGAAGCACCUGAUGCAAGGAGUAGCCCAAGAGGUUAUUCUUCUGUUUCAGCUGCUGAGGAACUCUCUAUCAUAGAAAGUACAGCUGACCAUGAAGCAGUCAAUGAAGAUAUGCUUCUGGAGAAUCUUAAGGUUGCUAGGGCCAUGUCAAAGAAGUAUUUAAAGGUCUCAAUGGUUGUCACUUUAAAAGAAGCAGUAAAAUGUAUGCAUGACAACCAUCAGAAAUGUGUGCUUGUUGUUGAUGAUGAAGACUUUCUGGAGGGGAUACUUACAAAUGGUGAUGCCCAAAGAUAUCUGUCUCAGAAAUCUAGUGAUACAUCUAAGAGUGAUUUGACACACACAAAUGUCAACACCUGCCCAGUUUCCUCCAUUUGUACUCGAGGGAUAAGCUACCGUGGGCAAGAGCGAGGCCUUUUGAUUUGUUAUCCAGACACUGAGUUGGUAAUUGCCAAGGAAUUGAUGGAGGCCAAGGGAAUUAAGCAGUUACCAGUUGUGAAGCGUGGUGGAGAACCUCAAAAAGGAAGGAAGCGAAGAGUUGUUGGUAUUCUGUACUACGACUCUAUAUGGAGCUCCCUCAGAGAAGAGAUAAAUCACCGCAAAUCAGUUUAUCAGCAUAGGAAAGCAAACAAUACGGAGGACAUUAUGUCAAAUGGGCAUUAAUGAGGUGAUGCAGUUGAUCUUUGAAUUCUGACUUGUGCUGCAACCGUUGAACGGCAGAAGGC